AACAGCUAGAAAGUGCCAGAAAGAUCUGGAGGAUAGGAUAGCCGCAGAAUUGCUGACAUUCGAUGUUCAGUCACCACGUUUUAAGUAGACGCUACUUGUAGAGCUUCAGAAGUCAGAAUACGUGAUUACGUGAAGGCAAUAUGUCUAAACGUAAAUCUACUUCUAAUGGCGAAGAGUUAUCACGUAAAAGUCAAAGUUCGUCUAACUCGAGCAAUUCUGCUGGGAAAAAGAGAAGUUUACCUAUCAACCUUGACAGCGAUGAAACCGACGAUGAUGAUGAGAUUCCUUCAAGAAGCACAGAAGUAACCAAUCAGUCCAGUUCUGCUCCAGCUAAAGAUAUCUCACAACCUGAUAGUGUGCCAUCGAAGAAAGGAAAGCAAUUCAAGAAAAAAUCAUGGAUUUGGAAACAUGCUACAUUGAUUAAAGUUGAAGGACAACCUGACAAGUACAGCUGUAUGUACUGUGAGAAGAAAUUUCUUCGGAAUGGGACAGGAGUUAUUUCAAGACAUUUAAAGAACAAACAUAAUGAAAAGGUAAAGGAGAGCAAACAGUGCACUCUGACCUCAAGUGCAAAACUAGUCGCACCCUUCAAGUUUGACAGUGACACAUCACAUCAAUUGUUCCUGCAAUUUAUUGUAGCAAACAAUCAUUCGUUUUCCUUGGGAGAAGAACAUGCAUUUCGCUUAUUUGUUGCCAGUCUACAGCCAUUGUACAGGCCCUUGUCAAGAACUUCUGUGAAAGAUAAGUUGAUGACAACUUUCAUUGACGCAAGAGCAAAAGUUACUGCCACUCUUCAAGAAGCCAAGGUAGCCCUGACAACAGACUUAUGGACCUCGCCAAAUAAAUUGGCAUUUAUGGGAAUCACAGCUUCGUACCUGACGAAAGCAUUCAAACCGAUUGAGGUGAUAAUAGGUUUCAAGCAAUUGUUAGGGGAACAUUCUGGGAUGAACAUCGGCGAUUCUUUUUAUGAUACAAUUAAGUUGUAUGAUCUCCAAGAAAGAAUGUUAUCUGUAACCACAGACAACGCUAGUUCUAACGGAUGUUUCAUUGAUCACUUGGUUCAUCUCACAAGAAAUAAUUCAAGACCAUUCGAUAAAGAUAUGUGGGUCAGAUGCUUUGCUCACGUGUUGAACAUCUGCGUUCAAAAAAUUCUUGAAAUAAUAUCGCAACUUCUCCAAAAGCUCCGUGAUCUUGUCACCUCGAUCAGAGCUUCGCCUCAACGUAUUCAAAAAUUCAAGAAGAUCUUAAAAUCAUUUGGAUUAGAAAAUGAAGCUUACGAACCAGGAGAAAUCGCGGCCACCAAUGGUGCUGUCAUCACUGGCGAUCUUCUCCCGAUCCUAGAUGUCAAAACACGAUGGAGCUCAGCGUAUUUCUUCGUCAAACGAGGUGUCAAACUGAGAAGGCCCAUCGAUGAAAUUGCAAAGGAUGUUGAUCUCCGCAAAAAUGAAUUGAAUAGAGACGAGUGGAGUGUCUUGAAUCAAGUUCUUGUAUUGUUGGAAGAGUUUGCCACAAUUACAAAGUAUAUUGAGGGAAGUGGAUAUCCCACUUUAUCUCUAGUUGUACCGAUGUACAAUCGGCUGUUGACGAUUUUGGAAGACGUUUCACACCAUCUCCAUCGAUCAAUUUCUCAUCCCUUGAUUGUAAAGGGAGCUACUGCUGGCCUGGAAAAACUAUCUGCCUAUUACGACAAAGCAUCCCAUAUUAUAAUGGCUGCGACUUUCAUGGACCCAAGACUGAAAAUGCAAUAUUUCAUUGAAAACGGUUGGAGUUGUGGGGGAGAAUCGGGAGAUGCAUUUCAACCCAUUGAAGAGAAUCUUAUCGCAAACAGAGUGAAGCCAGCUAUACUAUCGGUCUGGAAGGAUUACAAGCUAAACGAUGUGCCCAUGAAUGCUGGGAUAAAUGAAUUGAAUGGGGCCAGCGAAAACGUCUCUGCGUCCACCAUGACUGACAAACAAACUGCCAAACGACCUACCUUCGACCAAACCUAUAUUGCUAACGUCCUCGGAAAAAAUAGACCAUCUGAGACGCUUGUAACGGAUGAAAUGGGAGAGUACGAGAUAGAGAAACCUGAACCGUUAAAUUGUGAUCCCACUGCAGUCUACACUUAUUGGGCAAACAGAUCUUGUCGAUGGCCACGAUUGGGUCAAAUGGCUAGAGAUCUCCUCAGCAUUCCAGCGACAAGCGCAGCUAGCGAGAGGGCCUUUAGUGUUGGCAGGGAUGUUUUUGGCAUUUCGAGAAUGAGCUUGAAACCUGAGACCGUUGAAGCCCUAAUCUGUCUACGUUCAUGGUACAAAGCAGGAUUAGUGGGGGUAAAGGAUGUCUACGAUUUCUUGGAAGAAAACUUUGACACCUUACUUUUGGAAAGCGAAGAAGCGAAGCGAUGAAGAAGAAGAAGAAGAUGAUGAUUUUUAAAAAUUUUGUUUUUGUAUUUGCUGUUCGAUAACUACAGUUAAUUCGGAUGUUUACUUCCAACACUUACUUCCAAGUUUCUUUUCGUUUCAUUGAUGUAUGUUUACAUCAAUUCUCAUGUAUGAAUGUUUUUUUGGGGGUUCAUUUAAAACAAAGAAUACAAAUUAAAUUUGUAAACGUUA